AUGGAUAGAACUUUUCAUGACCAUGAGCAUCAUGAAUUUGUUGUCUGCCAUGAUAUCUUCUACAAUGUUUUCGACUUAGCCUUUGCCUUUUACUGGGAGCCGGCAAGGUGGUCAAAAACCAGCAACACCGUACUGUCCCCAGUCAGCAUUGUAGCUGCUUUUGCCAUGCUCUCCCUGGGGACCAAGGGGGCUACUCUCACACAGAUCCUGGAGGGCCUGAAUUUCAACCUGAGAAUGAUUUCUGAGGCUCAUGUCCACCAAUGCUUCCAGCCUCUCCUUCACAUCUUGCAGCAUCCAGACCACCAGCUCCAGAUGAUCAUUGGCAGUAGCCUCUUUGUCAGUGACAACCUGAUGCUCAUGGAUCAGUUUGUGCAGGGUAUCAAGGAGCUGUACCACUCAAGAGUCAUCUCCAUCAGCUUCAGGAACACAGAACAUGCCAAGAAAAAGAUUAACAAUUAUGUGAAGAGGGAAACCCAUGGAGAAAUAGCAAAUUUGGUAAAAAAUCUGAAGGAAGACACAGCUCUUGCCCUGGUGAAUUAUAUUUCCUUCCAUGGCAAAUGGACUGUUGAGUUCCAGGCUGAAUACACUGUGGAAGAGGACUUCUGUGUAGAUGAGGGGACAAGCAUCAGGGUGCCCAUGAUCAAUCGCCUGGGUAUGUUUUUACUGAACCGGGAAGAGGAGCUGUCCAGCUGGGUGCUGGUCCAGCAAUUUGCCAGGAUUCAUUUCCCCAGACUUUCCAUUUCUGCAACGUAUGAUCUGAGGAGCAUUCUGAGCGCAAUGGGCAUCACCAAGAUCUUCAGCGAUGAAGCUGACCUCUCAGCGAUGACGGAGGUGUCAUCCAUCAAACUCUCCACGGUGAGGUCACCUGACAACAGCACUGUCCCCAGUGCCAUGCAUAAGGCGAUGCUGACCAUUGAUGAGAGAAGGACAGAGACCCGAGGGGCUACUGAUUUGGGAGAUAGGGACUGGUCAAAGGUCCCCACCAUCAAGUUCAACAGGCCCUUCAUUUUCAUCAUCAGGGAGGAAAACACCAACAUUCCGCUCUUCUUGGGGAAAGUGGUGAAUCCCAUAGAGCACGCCACCUGCCGGUUGUGUAGCCUGAGGGACGGAGACUCGGAUUCCGCGCAUCUCCAGACCCACGAGCUGGCACUGUGUGGGGAGAAGCGGACUCGAAGGCCGGUGAAACUCCUGAGGCUCCUUGGGAAGGACAAAGAAGGCCGAAAGCUGCGCUCUCACCUUUGUCGUUUUACUUCGGCCAUGAUGCGUACAGACCCCUUGGGAGACGCCCACAUCCGACAGUUUAAAGCCCUAGAAGGGUCUUAG